AUCCUCUAUAAAUAUUGCAACUUGUUCUGAAAAUAACAAAUAAUAGAUUUACAUCUAAAUAUGGACAACGAUAGUUCCAGUUUUUCUAUUGAAACAGCAGAGUCGCCAUCUAUUGUGCCACCCGUGCUGCUGUGCAUUCUUGGUGUGGCUGGGAACGCCAUUGCUGUGGCCGUGGUGUGCUGUGCGGUUAAGUCUGACCAAUGGCAACCGUUCUACCGCUUCGUGUGCGGACUAGCUCUGACGGACGGGCUAGGAGUGAUGCUGGCAGUGCCUUUCGCCAUUCACCGUUACGCUACAGAUUUUGAGUACACCUAUUCCCAAACAGUUUGCGAUUACAUGGCGGUUGUACAGAUGUUCACGAUUAUCGCCUCCGCGAUGAUCGUUUGCACGAUGUCACUGGAACGAUUCAUGGCUAUCGUGUUUCCAUACGUUUACAAGUCUAUUCAAAAAGGAAACCGAAGCUUAGUGAUGUUAGUCUGUGUCUGGGCUUUGUCUGCUUUUCUAUCGUCUGGUCAUCUUAUGGCGGGAAGGCACAGCAGACUUUUCUAUCCAGACUCCUGGUGUUUUGUGAAUUUUGUCUCUGACAAUUCUACGGAUUUUGUUUUCUCUUUUCUUUACGCGUUGACGGGGCUUUUCUUGUUGAUUACCACAUUCGUAACGAACGCGAUUCUAGUGGUUGUAAUCAUCAAAAAGAAGUGCUCUAAAUCUUCAUCAUUAACCGCAGACAGGCAUGGGACACACAUCAUCCUGUUUCUUUUCUCCGUGGUUCUUCUGUUUAGCAUCUGCAUUUUACCUAUACUAAUGAAUAUGCUGCAACAUCUGAUUGGGAUACACGAGAGUUCGCCAUCCUUUGAGUUACUUGGUAUAGAGAUGGCCACCGCUAACUCGGUUAUCGACCCUUGGGUCUACAUCAUCUUCCGCAGAGAGACGUUUACUCUGAUCCGCAGGGCCUAUUACACGUGCACGUGUACACGUAUGCCGGUAUACAGCUCGGAGGCCAAACAAAGCACGGACUGUACCCAGCCCAUGAAUCGGGAAAAUGGCGAUCUUGAUAAAGAGGAAGCAUAAAGGGAUUGUCAAUGACACCCGGUGUUGGAAAAAAAAAACAAGCAAAAAUUCAAUUUUUGUAAACAGUUCUUGCUACUAUAGUCUUCGAAAGAACAAAGUUUUGUUUGCAAGUUAGAGACAAAAAGAACAUAUGUAUGACAUUAAUGUAAAAUGUUUAUGAUAAGUUCAUUUUGUACCUACACGUGUAGUGAAAAUUAAAGAACAAUUUACAUACGAAUGUUUGUUGGGAUUACUGUUGUAAAACGAACAAUGUUCUUUUUCAUGAACGUUAUGGGAGUUUAUCAGUUAUAGAUAUUAAACUACUUCUUUAAACAUAGUCACUCCCGGCGGAUGUAUACAAAGUAGGUCCAGCCUUUGUACUACUAUGCUAAAUAGUACUUGGAGGAAGCAAGGCGAUGGUGAAUUUCAUAAAGUAGUUAACUGUGAAGUGUUCUGUU